GCUUUUGGUACAUAUAUUGGCGCGCAGAGACAGUUAGAAAAUCAAACCACUCAUCAAAAAUUAGAAAGAAAAACACAAAAAGAAGGGUAGAUUUUGGUUUGCGACAGCCAUGGGAGCACCGCAUUAUAUGGUCCCCUUAUCUGCCCAUUCCCAAUUUCCCCCUCCAUUUUCGCUCCCACUUUCAAACUAACCCUUUGUUUUUUUUCCCCAAUUACCUUUUCCCUUCUCUCUCACAUUAAUAUCCAUUUGAUAUUUGCACGAUAUUUUCUGUUUGCUAUCUUUCUCUGUAAUUUGUCCUUCUUUUACAUGGUUUUGACCUCGAUUUUUCUUUUUUUUUUCGCACGGUGUUGUGAUCGUUGAUCUUGAAUUUCUCGAUUGCCUUUUGGGGAUUCUUUUCUUCUCAUUUUCCGCUUUCCUGGUUAGAUAUGCUUCGGAUUUUAAAGGUGAAUGAUGAUAUCGUUUGAUCAACUGUGAAAAGGUGCUGAUUUUUGUUUCAUAUGCAAGAGGGAAAGAUGUAUUUCGCAAGGCUAGACGAUUCACCUAUGUUUCGGCAGCAGAUCCAAUUAAUGGAAGAAAGUGCUGAAAUAUUGAGGGACAGAAGUCUUAAGUUUCAUAAAGGAUGUCGAAAGUACAUCGAUGGGCUUGGAGAGGCCUAUGAUAGAGAUAUUGCAUUUGCAAGUGCACUUGAAACUUUUGCAGGAGGACAUCACGAUCCUAUAUCCGUAGCAUUUGGAGGUCCUGAUAUGGCAAAGUUUGCAAUUGCACUGAGAGAAAUUGGAACUUACAAGGAAAUUCUGCGAGCACAGGUAGAGAAUAUGCUGAGUGACAAACUCGUAGAAUUUGCCACUGUUGAUCUUCAAGACGUCAAGGAAGCCCACAAGCGCUUUGACAAAGCCACUGUUAUCUAUGACCAGGUGCGCGAAAAGUUUCUAGCUUUGAGGAAGAGUACAAGGAUGGACAUAGCUACUGCCCUCGAGGAGGAACUUCACAAUGCAAGAUCAACUUUUGAGCAGACACGUUUUAACCUGGUUAGUGCACUCUCGGCUGUUGAGGCAAAGAAGAGGUUUGAGUUUCUAGAGGCCGUUGGCAACACAAUGCAGGCCCAUCUUUGUUAUUUCAAGCAGGGAUAUGAGCUGCUGCAUCAAAUGGAACCAUAUAUUAGUCAGGUCUUGGCUUACGCUCAACAGGCAAGGCAAACUUCCAACUAUGAGCAGUCAGCUCUCAAUGAGCGUAUGCAGGACUACAUAAGGCAAGUUGAUCAAGAAAGUCGGAGGUCUUUUAGUGGAUCUCAUGGUUCUCCAAGUAGAGAUGCGACGCAGCCUUUUACUAGAGGCUCUCACAAAUUGAUAGAAGCUGUGAUGCAUUCUGCUGUUGAGGGAAAGGUACAAACCAUUAAACAAGGAUAUCUUUCUAAACGCUCUUCCAGUUUGAGAGGUGACUGGAAAAGAAGAUUCUUUGUUCUCGACAGCCGGGGCAUGCUGUACUAUUACCGGAAGCAGUGGAGCAGGCCAACUUUCCAAGGUACAAGCAGUCAGAUUACUGCACAUAGAAUGUCCCCCUCUGAACCAGGUUCGGGGCUGUUAAGUCGGUGGCUUUCAUCUCAUUACCAUGGCGGUGUACAUGAUGAAAAAUCCGUUGCACGUCACACAGUGAAUCUGCUCACGUCGACAAUAAAAGUUGAUGCAGAACAGUCGGAUCUAAGAUUUUGUUUCAGGAUUAUUUCACCCUCUAAAAAUUACACUUUGCAGGCAGAAAAUGCUGCAGAUCAAAUGGAUUGGAUUGAUAAAAUAACAGGAGUUAUUACCUCUUUGCUGAGUUCACAAUCACCUGAAAGGUUCUGCUUUAGUCCGGUUAGUGAAAAUAGUUCCUUUGCAAGUCCUGAUCAUAAUAUAAGGGUCAUCCAAGAAUGCACAUCGGAAAAGGAUCAUAUAACAAGAGGCAUGUUGCGAGUGAACAGAAGUUCCCUACAGCUGCAGAACAGCUUAAAAAAUGAGAAGCCAAUUGAUGCAUUGAAGAAAUUGCCUGGUAACGAUAAAUGUGCCGACUGCGGUGCACCUGAACCAGAUUGGGCUUCGUUGAAUCUCGGGAUUCUUAUAUGUAUAGAAUGCUCUGGCAUUCACCGUAAUCUUGGUGUGCAUAUAUCCAAGGUAAGAUCCCUAACUCUGGAUGUGAAAGUGUGGGAACCAUCUGUGAUUACUUUGUUCCAGGCCCUGGGUAAUGUCUUUGUAAACUCAAUAUGGGAAGGGUUGUUGAGAGCAAGUAGAACUGUUCAGGCAGAUGAACUACCAAUACGGUCAUUUGAAUCUGAUAAGUACAAACAGUUUUUCAGCAAACCACACCACAAUGAUCAUAUAUCAGUCAAAGAGAAGUUCAUUCAGGCAAAGUAUGCAGAAAAGCGUUUUAUUCACAAACUGAAGGACACCCAACAGAAUCUCCUUUCAGUUGCCAAACAGUUGUGGGAAAGUGUGCGAUUAAACGAUACAAAAUCUGUGUACCGGCUGAUUGUCACUUGGCAGGUCGACGCCAAUGCAGUCCGUGGUCAGGCAUCUUUAACUUUAGCCAACGUAAUGAGAUUGCAUGAUCACGAGGAUUCUGAUGACAACGAUGACUUCCAUGAUGUGGUAGAUGAUAAUGAUGAUGGUGGUAAUACCUUUUCGAAACCAUCACUGGUGGGCCCACAAGGAGAAAACGAGAACCCGUUUGUCGACGAUGAGCUUCGCGACGGAUGCUCGUUGCUCCACCUGGCGUGUCAAACGGCUGAUAUUGGCAUGGUUGAGCUUCUUUUGCAGCACGGGGCAAAUGUUAAUGUUUGUGACUCGAGGGGCCAAACCCCACUGCAUCACAGUAUUAUGAGGGGUAGAAUUGGAAUUGCAAAGCUGUUGCUCAUGAGGGGAGCCGAUCCUGAAGCCAUUGACAAGGAAGGUAGAACUCCUUCACAGCACCUUGCAGAGUCCUCCAUUGAUGAUGUCGAGCUCCUUGCCCUUAUGAAAAAUGCUCAUAAUCAUAGAUAGCAGCAGUACUAUUUGCUGCUGAGUUACAGCUGGAAACUCGUAAUGCAGAUCUUGGAUGGGUAAUAUAGUGUGGUUUAUGGCGUGACGAGCCUUUUUACCAACAAAAGGCGAUGAAAAUCUCAUCAUACCAUUGUUUGAUAGCUUAAACUUGAUUAUUUUUCUUUCUCAGAGUGAUUUGAGCACUUUCGGCCCAUGCCUCAUGGGCCUUAAAACUUUUAUUUUUUUUCCCUUGAAUUGAUUGAGAGACGAGAAUCGCCCAAUGUGAGAUGUCCCCUGUAUGAUAUCCCUGUAAUUGCAGAUCAUGUAGGAAUAAAGUUCCAUGUUGUAUAAUCGUAUAAUGUAUGUAACUGCUAAGUUAUUUGGUCAAUCAAAAGAGAAACGGAUGUUUGAGUUUGUGGUGGGGAUAAAAGCAGUAAUAGGAUGAGCAAUGAACAUUAAUUAUAUACUAACGCAUGAUGCAUGUGG